AUGGUUCUUCUCUUUGAUUUCAAGUCAGACAAGCACUUCGUUGCUUCCUCUGACAAAACUACUCUCAAAGUCUACGAGUUGAGCAACCCUACCAUUUACCCUUCUUACAUCCGAAAGGCUCACUGGAAGGAAGUUGGCAACAUCAUUCCCCGUGAUCACGAUGAUAGUGACGAAGGAGGAACGAAUGAGUCAUCCUACGCCGGGCUGAUGUUCUUCGACGGCCAGGCGCAGAUCGUGGGAAGGGAGGCACUGGCUAAGCUAGCCCAGCACCUCGCUCGGCUGCGGCUGAUGGUGAGCCCGCAAGGGCACUGUUUCCAAGAUGUCACCGAGCUGGGGGAACACAGAGACUUUGGGAUUCACUAUCUCCGUCUGAACGAUCUUUUCAACUGGCCCCUUCACGGGAUCGGCAUGGCCAGCGUCACCACGUGGCCACGUUGCGUGCUGAAGUACGCCAUCCCGAGCCGGGUGAAGCAGCAAACGCCCACAACGUCGUCGACGUCAGGAGGGGUGAGCAAGGAGAAGUACGAGGAGUUGAAAAGGACGGCGAGGAAGAACGAGGAGAAGCUGAGGGAGGAGAUGGAGGAACAGGACGAGGAGCUGCAGAAGCUGAAAGAGGAGAUGGAGGGGGCGAGCGAACAGCACGAGGCGGAGCUACGAGAGCUGGAGAAGAAGAAGGACGAGGAGCUGCGAAGGCUGGCGAAGAAGAGGAAGGACGAACUGGAGACGUUGAGAAAAGACAAGGCCGAUGACGAUGAGCGCCGCAAGCAAUUGUGGGCAGUAACGGCUACGACGCGAUUCUUUUCGAGCGACGCGGUUCUCAGAAGCAGAAGACGGCCGGUGCCGCCGGAUACGUGGUCCAUAAAUUAUAGGCGUACGCCAUAUAUUUCACACAGGGACUCUACUAUCAUUUAUGAGCCAUACGCCAUUGGAGCCUCCACGUGGUUCCCGAGGAUGUUUGUGCAGAUGGUGGAUGAGGAGCCCGGAGAUUGGGCGCCUCCGCCUAGGAUUCAUCUCUUGUGUAUGGGUUACGCGUUCGACAAGCAUAACUGGUGGUUCGUGAAGACGACCCACCCGGACUGCGGCGUGACGAUGAUUGCUUACUAUGACGGCAACCGCACCUGGUUCGAUGGGCUCGGCCACCCUACGCCGCUUCCUGUUGCUUUGACAUAUCGUUUUGAUACCGACACGCCAUUCUUCUUUGUUCAUUUGGCUGACAGGUACAAGCUUGCGUUCAUGUACCGGGGCACAUCGUGGGAACGUUGUUAG